AUGUUUUCUUGGGUAAUAUUCCAGGGAUUUUUGUUUAUGAUUCCUGACUUUUGUCAUAAAUUUAUUCCUGGUUUUCGAGGAGGAAUACAAGAAGGUGCCAUUUCACCUGCUGGUGUAGUACUCAAAUAUGAGAUUAACGGACUACAAGCCUGGUUGAUAACGCAUGCCCUCUGGUUUGCAAAUGUUUACUACUUCCAGUGGUUCUCGCCCACCAUCAUUUUUGACAACUGGAUUCCAAUCUUGUGGUGUGCAAAUAUUCUGGGCUAUUUAAUGUCCAUAUUUGUUUGGUUAAAAGCCUACUUCUUCCCUUCUAAUGCAAAGGACUGCAAAUUCACUGGCAAUUUCUUCUAUAACUUCAUGAUGGGAAUUGAAUUUAAUCCACGCUUGGGAAAGUGGUUUGAUUUCAAAUUGUUUUUUAAUGGCCGACCUGGAAUUUUAGGAUGGACUUUGAUUAAUUUAUCCUAUGCUGCAAAACAACAGGAAUUGUAUGGACAAGUCACUAAUUCUAUGCUACUUCUCAAUGUCCUACAGGGUCUGUAUGUUCUGGACUUUUUUUGGAAUGAAACUUGGUAUUUAAAAACAAUGGAUAUUGCUCAUGAUCACUUUGGAUGGUAUCUGGCCUGGGGAGACUGUGUUUGGCUUCCCUAUCUCUAUACUCUGCAGGGGUUGUACUUGGUCUAUCAUCCUGUCCAGCUUACUACCAGUUAUGCAGUUGGAAUUCUUCUACUGGGUUUGGUGGGCUACUAUAUUUUAAUAAUAGCCAAUCAUCAGAGAGAUCUCUUCCGUCGCACUGAUGGCAACUGUAAAAUAUGGGGUGAGAAACCCAAAUAUAUUGAAUGUACCUACACAUUAAUCAAUGGAACUAAACACUACAGUAAAUUGUUGAUUUCAGGAUUCUGGGGUGUGACCCGCCAUUUUAACUAUACUGGAGACUUGAUGGGCUCCCUGGCAUACUGUCUGUGUUGUGGUUUUAAUCAUAUUCUUCCUUAUUUCUACAUAAUUUUUAUGACCAUUCUCCUGAUCCACCGCUGCAUUAGAGAUGAACAUCGAUGCUCCCACAAGUAUGGCAAAGACUGGAAAAGAUAUACUGAUGCAGUACCAUACCGACUCAUUCCAGGGAUUUUCUAAAUGCUUAUUUUAGACUUAAAAUAGUUUGCAAAAACAAGUUUGCAGAUACAUUUAUCAACAGUAUUUUUGGCGCAUAUAAGGGUGUAUGAUUUGCUUAUUUCUUAAUAUGUUAA